AUGAAUGGUGGUAAUUCUCUGUCUACACCACAUCUUAAUCCUCAGUCAUCAUCCUCAUCAUCUUCAUCACCAUCAAUUACAUUACUGAAUCAAAAUGCACAGCAUCCAAAUAAAUCCAUAACCACCACCAUCACCACAUCAACAACAACUAAUACUACAUUGAUUACUAAUGGUCCAACUAGAAGUGUCACAUUAGCUGAUGCUAUUGCUGGCCUUGAAUUAUUAGAUCAAAUGCGUAAAGAACGCAGUAUACAGCAGCAACAACAACAACAACAACAAUCAAAGAAUAAUAAAUUCUCUUCAUCUAUCAUUACUGAGAAUCCAUAUGAAUUUGGACCAGAUGAAUAUUCCACAUUGUCUACAGUAGAAAUGAAUCGUUUAAAUAUUGACGGUGAAGUUAAUUCAUUGGAAUCGGGCACAAAAUUCAACCAUCAUCAUCAUCAACAACAUCAUCAUAAUCCACACCAUCAUCAUCAACGACAAAAGAUACAACCGAUUGAAGAAACAAAACGGUUACGAAACGUGCCCACAGACAAUGAUAAUGUAAAUGUGAAAAACAAUGAAGUGAUUACCACAGAGAAUAGUAUCCCAUCAAAGGUUAACAAUGGUGGUGGUUUAGUUACAUCGGAUGAUUUAUUACAAAAUAAUGUCAUUAAUCAACCACUUCGACCUGUAUCACAAUUACAAUAUCAUUUACCUGUUGCUACACCUACUGGUUCUGGUGGUCCUCCACCAUCAUUACCGAUGAGUGCAGCAAAUACAGCGAACAAUGUAGCAUUACCUUCAACAGCACAAGAAUUAAUGAAUACUACUAGUAAUAUGUAUUUAAGAAAUAGUUAUCGUACUAAUAAUCUACCAACUUGUACCAGUGGUAUUGGCUAUCCACAUGGUUCUGAUGGUUUAUUGAAUGGAAAAUCUGACAGUUCCCUAUCGAAAUCAACUACACAAGUAUCAGUAGCAGCAGUGGCUAAAUCAUUGGUUCUACCUGGAUCGAAACAACAAUUGCCUAACUAUCAAGAAUCCAAUUUACCUUCUACUACUACAACUACAACUACUACUACUAAUAAUAAUACAUCAUUAAUUCGUAAAUUAUCAGCUCCUAUAGGACCACCACCAUCUAAUUUGUCAAAUCAUACUGCUACCACUAUACAUCUACGCAGAGGAUAUAGUUUAAAUAAACCUAAAAUGGAUGGUGAUCAUGAUAAACAUGCUGAAGAUGGUACUGUUGACAAUAAUUGUAUUAUCAUUAAAGAGACUGUUAGCGAUGAUGAUUUAAAUCAUACAACUUUUCGGCAUUCUUCCAUCAAUACACUCACUGAUGAUCAUGUACCAUCAUCAAGUUCUUUAUCAGCUAUCUCAGUAGAUAGUCCUGAAGAAGAAGGCUCUUCUGUCGCUUCGGAUUCAUUAGUUUGUAAUCAAGUAAUCGAAGGUCAACCAUCAGUUCAACAACAACAACAACAACAACAACAAUUAAUCCCAUUUACAUCAGCACAAAAUAUCCCAUUAAUGAAUAAACAGUUUUAUCAACAGCACCACCAACAACAACAACUACAACAAUUUAGACAACAGUCAGUGUCAGAUCAAUCAAUGACAUUGACUCAACAACCACCCUAUCAACGAGAGUAUGAACAACAACAACAUCAGCAACAACAACAACAACAACAAAUUCAACAACUACAAUUUGCUCAUUCAACAAGACCUCAUUUACAAAUGAAUUCUAUGCCAAUGUAUCAUCAUCAACCUGUAGCCUUGUAUCAAAAUCGUUUACGUCCAAUUGGACCUAGAAAUCAAUCAUAUAACAUUAUUGAUAGUCAACAGCAUCAACAACACCAACAACAACAAAUGAAUUCAAUGUCUCGAUUAGAUCCAACACAAUCAUUUUUUUCACCUACACCAUCACCUACACCAAGUAAGAAAAAAUCACGUAUGUUAUCAGGUACAUUUGGUCGAUUAUUUCGACGUAAUCAAUCAAGUAAUAUUACUGGAAGUGGUGGUGGUGUUGGUGUUGUCAGUGGACCACUUGAUAUGGUACAAUAUCCACAAAAUUAUUAUCCUAUACCAAAUCAUGUUAAUCAAUCAAUGCGAAUAUCAGCUUCUCCACCAAUACGCCUUGGUUCACCUAUGAUACAUACAUCAGUUACUAAUAAUGUCAAUAAUAAUGCCAAUAACAAUAAUAAUAUUCGAUAUUCUAUGCAACAACAACAACAACAACAACAACAACCUUUAAGUCCACAACCAAUAGUUGUCGGUUCAGGACAUCAACCAUUGUCUUUACCACCACCGCCUCCAGUACAAUAUCAUCCUUCGAUGUCUAAUCAAGCACAAAUGAUGCAACAACAACAACAACAACAACUCCUUACGGAACAACAACAACAACAACAACAACAACAGAUGUAUCAGUUUAGGCAACGACAACAAGGCUUAGAAUAUGGUAUGAAUUAUUUUUUUCUUUUCUUCAGUUUUUAUUAUUCUAAUUCUUAUUUACAAUGA